AUUUGACAGUCAAUCAUCUCCUUUUCCUUAACGGGCUCAAGACGAAAUUACAAUUAAAGCUGUUCAAGGAAGCUGUUCAAGAGAUCACCCAAAGUAGGAGUAUUUUCAUCGUCAUGAUACUAAGUGCACUCCUGUUCAAAGCGAUUCUUGUUGCUGUCCUAGGCUUUCUGGAUAAUUGGUACACGGAUGCGUGUUCAGUUCCUUACAUUCGCGAAAAGGAAGGAAACGAGGUAAAAGUCAUCAAGGUGACCGGCGGAGAGGAUGUUAAACUCACUUGCCAGAUCAGAACCGCUAAUCAGACCUCAAAACCAAGGUAUUACUGGCUCAAAGACAAUCAGACGCUCAGUCCAUCGAGUCAUCAACGUCUGAGGUUAAAACUCUACAGAUACCUAGAGAUAAAAAGAGCUAAGAAAGAGGACACCGGCCUCUACACCUGUGUCGCAGUAAAUGACUGUGGCAAGAACCCUUUUACAAUGCACCUAUUUGUGGGAAGUAAGUAAACAUUUGCAACCAUCUAAGUUUUUUUAAAAGUACAAGUACGCACGUAAUUUAUAGCGGUAUCCUGGGGAGCAAAGUUCUUUUAUACUAGUUGUGUGUGACAAACUGAGGUGAUGUCAGUUUAAGUAGUAGUUGCUGAGGUAGGCAAAUAAGGAGGGAAAAGAUGGUAAUUUCAGACUUGCCAUCACAAAAAGUUAUUUCUGACGAAGGUGCAAUGUUUCUUUUAUCAUUGCUUAAGGUAUUGAACUGAGACAGCUGGGAGUUCAAAAUCCCGUCAGGAAGUGAAUAGGGCGGAGAUUCAGAUGUGUGUGGCCUCAGAUAAUUUGCACAACAAAAGCAUUUACAUCUACAUAAUUUCUUGUGUUUUUUCUCUUUGAGGUCCAACACUGGAUCCCAACAAAAUUACAGUAGGA